UAUGUUUGCCGUUUCCUCACCUACUGCGCAUGCGCGCAAUGAACCUGCUCUAGUUUCGUUUAGCCUAAGUUGCUACUGCUAAAGAUGGAAACCAUGAUUAACGACGCUGUAAACCAUUUCGCAAGUGGCAAUGCAUCAAGUGAAGAAGAAGAGAAUAGACUCGGGACUUGUAAGGACAGUGACAGCAUGGAGAAACACAGGCGAAAGAAACACAAACAUCACAGCAAGCACAGAAAACACAAAUAUUCAUCACUGGAGGAAAAGGAACACAGACACAAGCACAGACACAAGCAUAAAAAGCGCAGACACCGAGAUUCCUCCAGGAUGGAUGACGGGAACAUCGAGGACACAGAUGAAAUAGUGUCACUGAAGAGGUCCAGAUUGGAUGACCUGGCAGCCCUGGAGGAUUUAGAAAAGCAAAGGGCCCUGAUCCAAGCAGAGCUCGAUAAUGAGCUGAUGGAGGGAAGGGUGCACUCAGGAAUGGGCCUGAUACUGCAGGGAUAUAACUCGGGCUCAGAUGAGGACACGGAGGUGCAGGAGCGGAUAUGUAAUGGGGAUGAGCAGAGGGAGAAUCUAGAGCCGCUUUGUAUGGCUGGGGGACAAGAAAGCCAAUCGGUUGCUAAAGAUGCAGAACAGAGUCAGCACAGCUCCAUGGACGAUGAGAGACAGGAUCCUUGGCGGCGUAGCAGAAGCAGGUCUGAAGAAAAGACAAUCAACCAACAUAAAUCAGAUAGAAGAAAGAGUAGAACUGAGUCAGAUACAGAUGACAAGGACAGAACUCAAGGUCCAUGCCCGACUUUAGAGAAGAGACCAUCCUAUAACAUUCAGCAGCCCAAAGAUGGACGUCCAAGGUCCAGAUCUCCUGCGAUAUCCAAGAAACAGAAUAAUACGCACAAGGAUCCCCAUUCAGUUUCUGCAGAGACAGAACAGGGAAGUAAAAGAGACCCUUCAUCUUCAUUUCGUCAACCUGGGACUAGAAGUACCGACCAUUCCAAAUCACCAGAGAAGGCAAGACGCUCCAGAUCAAAAGAAAGACAUAGCAGAUUACCUGAGCCUGAACGCAAGCGGGACAGGGACAAGACAUCAGUCAAGUCUCCUUGUAAGGAGGUCUCUUCAGGCAAGGAGAACAGAUCUCCCCACAGAAGGCACAUCCAUAGUCCAAUACGGGAUAGAGCUUCUCGCAGGAGCAGGGAACGCCAUUCUCCUCAACAGCCUUCCAACUGCCGCUCCGCCACCCGUAACAGAUCUCCAGCCAGAAGAGAACGAUCUCGCUCCACUGAUAGAAGAUGGCGAGAAUCCGACCGUCAGAGACUCUCACCAGUCAGGAUGCGAUCCCGUGAUGAUGCAGCCAGUUGCAGCGGGCCGAGUCCCUCUCUCAGCUCCAGAGGGAGGCCGAGCCGCUCCCCCAGGAGACGCACCAGCAGAUCUCCUCUUCCCAGACGAAGGUCUGUGGAACGGGCCAGGCUGGGCCACAGGCAGCAGGCACGCUCAGGAUCUCAGGAAAGGAAGAGGAGAAGCAGAGAGAAGGAUGAUAAGUUUAAGGGCAGUCUGUCUGAAGGCAUGAAAGCCGAGCAGGAUGAAUCAGAUGAAGAAGUUUUGGAGGAUUAUGAUGUGGAUGAAGAGGAUGAGGAAGCACUGAUAGAGCAGAGGAGACUCCAGCGCUUGGCAAUUGUGCAGAAAUAUAAGGGAUCAAACGAGGACAACAGUAAGUCAGAGCCUGGCAGUCCUCAGAGUAGCUCCCACAGCCGCUCGCCCUCUCCGGAUGAUGUUCUAGAGCGAGUUGCAGCUGAUGUAAAGGCUUACGAGCAAGAGAACCUGGACACCUUCGAGGCCAACAUUAAGGCAAAACACAAUCUGCUCACCCAGGAAAAAGAUGGAGGUAAUUCAAAGAAGCAAUCAGCUCCUGACAUGUUCACGGAGUCAGAUGACAUGUUUGCUGCAUACUUUGACAGUGCAAGGUUGCGUGCAGCAGGCAUUGGGAAGGACUUUAAGGAGAACCCCAGUCUCAAGGACAACUGGACAGAUGCUGAGGGCUAUUAUCGGGUGAACAUCGGAGAGAUGUUGGACAAACGAUAUGACGUUUAUGGCUACACUGGGCAGGGUGUGUUCAGUAAUGUUAUCCGUGCAAGGGAUCUGGCCCGAGCUGGUCAAGAAGUUGCUGUGAAAAUCAUACGCAACAAUGAGCUCAUGCAGAAGACAGGCCUUAAAGAGCUGGAGUUCCUGAAGAAGCUGAAUGAUGCAGACCCUGAUGAUAAAUUCCACUGUGUGCGUCUGUUCAGGCACUUCUAUCACAAGCAGCACCUGUGUUUGGUGUUCGAGCCACUCAGUAUGAACCUGCGGGAGGUCUUGAAGAAGUAUGGCAAAGAUGUGGGGCUCCACAUCAAGGCAGUGCGCUCCUACAGCCAGCAGCUCUUUCUAGCCCUCAAACUCCUCAAGCGCUGCAACAUCCUUCAUGCUGACAUCAAACCCGACAACAUCCUGGUGAAUGAGUCUAAGACCAUACUGAAGCUCUGUGACUUUGGCUCCGCAUCCCACAUUGCUGAGAAUGACAUCACGCCCUACUUGGUCAGCCGGUUCUACAGAGCACCUGAGAUCAUCAUUGGAAAGCCAUAUGAUUAUGGAAUUGACAUGUGGUCUGUGGGUUGCACGCUGUACGAGCUGUACACAGGGAAGAUCCUCUUCCCUGGGAAGACCAACAACCACAUGCUGAAACUUGCUAUGGACCUUAAAGGGAAAAUGCCCAACAAGAUGAUCAGGAAAGGCUUGUUCAAGGACCAACACUUUGAUCAAAACUUGAACUUCUUGUAUACAGAGGUAGAUAAAGUUACUGAACGGGAGAAAGUGACCGUGAUGAGCAGCAUCAACCCCACUAAGGACCUACUGAACGACAUGGUUGGUCGUCAGAGACUCCCAGAGGACCAGCGAAAGAAAGUGGUUCAGCUGAAAGACCUUCUGGAUCAGAUUCUGGUGCUCGACCCAGCCAAGCGGAUCAGCAUCAACCAGGCCCUGCAGCAUCCCUACAUCCAGGAGAGGAUGUGACUGUCGGACCCACACUUCUGGGGAUACACAGCACGAAUCUUUCAAAAGUCUGCCAACAAAGUGACGGUCUUGUAUGUGCAGGCAUGACUGAAUAGAUGAAGAGACAUUUUAAUGUCUAAGUAAAGUUUAAAAAAAAAAUUUUUUUUUUUCUUUUUUCCUUUGGCUUUCUGAACACACAUUAUCUUGCUUUCAUUUUGAAAUGUAUGAUGCCCUGAUAAAGAUGUGCCCCACCCCACCCCACCCCACAAACACUAGCUUAAAACUUAUUUUCUUUUUUUUUUUUAUUCUUGCUAUAAUUGAUACAAUCUGAAAGCAGCAAAAAUUACUGUAUGUGUGCUGGUGUUCCAAUAGUCUGAGCCUCCCCUAACACUGUAUGUGAUAAUGUGAGUUCAGGAUAAAUGCAGUCUAUAUCCGCAUCUCCCUCAGGUGCUAGAGCGACAGCGCCCACUGGUGCACGGGCCUGUAGGUGUGCGUCUGCUGAAAUCGGAGCUCUUGAGCCCUACCUGAGCCUGUCUGCAGGGAAGGCCUCCUCUGUAAAGGCAGGUUGUGUUCCUCUAACAGUACACUGAAGGUAAGCUCGGCCGGCCAAAAUUUGCCAGUGUACGGUGCCUCUAUUGUACAUUUUGGCUGAAUGUCCAUUAAAAAAAAUCAGUAUACUGAUUUUCUGGCAUCUUUUGCAUGUAGAGACGAGGAAUGGUCUAAACCCAUCAUCCUUCAACAGAGCCAAAGUUAAUUCCUAAAAAGCAAAGUUCUUGCAUAAACAAGUCGGGAAAGGAAUUCCAAGACAGUCACUAUUGCUGUUAAGGGUAAGGGAAAAGGGGCAGUCUGAAAUAUUUGAAUUGAACAGGCACCUUCAGUGUACUGCCUCUGACAGUAAUGUAUUGUUCAAAAGCAAUGUCUGUGACUCUCAGUUGAUAUGCAUUUGUUCUACCUAAUGUUCUCACAAGGGGUGCAUGUGUUCUGAAAUGCUGUGCACUUUGUUGUGUACUUCUGCCAGUGUUCCUUUGUUCUGACGUGAUCGUGUUGUCUUUUGAUACAGGGAUAUUCCUCAUCUGCUCUAUGAAUCUGCUUGUUUUGAGCGGUAAUUGAUUCUUUACUUCAUAUUGCUUUAUUGUUCUAAUUAAGACACAGAACUAGCUCAUUCACCUUGUAUAUUAUCCAUACCUCGCCUGCAUGUUAAAAAAUAGUUUGCAUAAUUGUAAAUUUAUAAUUGUAUGUUAUCAUAAAACAGUCUAAAAUAAAAAUGUUUGAUGUGGAGAAAAAGUAAGAAAAAAUAUGGUCAUAGACCUCCUGGUCUGUCUUGUGUGCACCCAGUGGCAGGUAAUUAUGGUUUAAGAUACCAUACACUUUAAAUUUCUUAAGUUUCACUGACACUAACUGCUGUUUAUGAUGUUUCUCCCACUGUUCCCUUGUGGUUGCUGAGAGAGAGAGAUUAUAUUCUCCAGCCAAAGGAGGCUCUUCUCUGUGCACCAUCCUCCAGCCUGCCUCUGCUCUCAAAGAGACAAGACCUUCACAAGACCCCUUAUCCAGGUCACUCCUAAAGGCAUGUGUAGCUCCAACAUAGCAUAGACAGAAAUGACCAGUCUAACUGAAAUGAUGGAGGGUGUUGAAAUUUUUGCUUUACUCUUGAAUUUGCGCUUUCUCAGACCCAUACAGCCGCUUUCACACUACUCGGUAUUUGCCACAGUCUUUUCUUCUAUGUAGUGUGAAUGCGUAGAAACUUGUGAGAGAUGUAGUGUGAAAAUAGUAAGUAAACAUGUUUUGCUAUUCGUCUAGCCCUGCUAAAGUUCUGCGUAAACAUGGACUCUAGUUUUGGGCUUGGAUUAUUCCAAGUCUCAAACAACCCUAAUUUAAUUUUUUUUAUAUAAGUGAUAACGUCUGGAUUAUGAAUGAGGAUCAGCAAAAUAAUAUGGAUGUGUCCCUCUGUAAUGGGUAUUAAUGGUAAAUAUUCAAGGGAGCUGAUGAUUGCACAACACAUAAUCUCACCGGUUUUCCCUAAUGAUGAUGUAAGCUUUUUUGCCAGAUGUUCAUGCAACUCAAACUCCUAGAUUCAAAUAAUGGUAUUGCUUGAAUCAUUAACAUUUUCAUGUAGUUUAUAGUGAUGCCUAUUGUGUUAUCUUAGUGAAAGCUAUAAUACAUUUCACCUUUAAACAGGUCAGUUAACAAGUGAACACUGAUAUUUUAUGCAUCACUUCGGAAUGUAGUGACGUUGGUGAAUGAAUGUUACCACACUGGGGAAAAAAAGAUACUGGUUUAUUUGUUCUCUGUAUUUUAGGUGCUGUCCGUUAGAGAAGACUCUUACAGGGACUCACACCUGACCAAAGGUUUUUGCUUUAGAGAGUGAUCUUUACUAGUUUUUCUUUAUUCAACACUUCAACAAAAUGAGCUGUCAUUUGGUUUUAAUGAGUCAUUUCUCAGCCAUUAAACACAACCUGAGUCAUUAUUCUGUGGGUAUACUUAUGUUACAAAGUGUCACAACUACUUGGCUGGCACUAGUAAAGAAAUAACUAAUGGUGGUUUCGUUGAACUGUGUAGGUGAACUGUGUAGGCUUUUGGUUAAAGGACAUCAUAAAAUUGGAAUAAUUACCUCCAAAUAGCCAGCCUAUGCCACCUGCAGAGUCUCUUAUAGUUUUACUUCAGCUGAAUUAUAUUUAUAGGAAGUUGUAUUGUUUUCUGAAACAUUGUAAUAAAUUGGUGGUAUAGCCAAAUUGAAGAACUGAAAGGUAAUACCCUUCUUUUUUUUUUUCUUUUUUUUUUCUUUUUCACUGAGCCGUGUCUUUACACGUGAUCCUCAACACUAACUUGAAUUUGUUUUUAUUUUAGGGUAAGUCGACAUUUCCUUCCUCUUCUGAUCACUAUACAGCCCUACAAGGAGGAUAACCUGACUAGUCACACACCCUUUUGCUGAAAUCCUUUUUUAAAGAAGCCCAUCAUCUCUUCACUCAUUCACAGACAUCAGGAGUUUUCAAAUGAACUGUUCAAAUACUGCAUUCAUAUUCAUUCAACAGAUGCACAUUGUAUAAUGACAAUAUAAGCCAUGAAUAAAUAAAGAAAAAAAAAGUUGUAAUA